UUAACCCGUUACAGCUGGAUGUAUGGCUGGACAUCAGCAUGAACAACGUGCGCCUGCCCGCCCUGUCCAUCCCCGAGCCUGAUUUCCACGGUUACCUGAGUAAGCUGGGUUACGUGCACAAGGUGUGGCGGAGGCGCUACUGUGUGCUGAAGGACGGAUGUCUCUACUACUACACAGACUACAACAGUAAACGGGCCAUUGGUGUGGCCCAUUUCCAUGGUUACCGGGUGGAGCCCAUGACGACCACAGGAAAGUCCCACGCCUUUAGCCUGACCCCGCCCUCGCCUGACAUCCGAACCUUCUACUUCAGCGCAGACAACGAGUCCGAGAAACUCAAGUGGAUGGAGCAUCUUGAAGACUCCCUGGGCCGCUGGAUCAAGGUGGACUGAGGAAUUCUGUUUCUUUACUUACUAGGUCAUUAUCUAAUAACACUCUUAUUACCAGGUAUUUAUUUAUUUAUCUAGCAGUAUUUAUUUGUAGUACAAAUAGUUUCUUAUUUAGCUAUGUUUAUUCUUGGGCAUCAUUCUUACCUGUAUUGUAGCUUUCUAAUCUUCAUUUCUUGUAGAUUGAUUAUUUUCAUGGACAGUUGAGUAAAGCUCAGCAUUUGUUGAAAAGUAUGAAUUUUAACAGAAAAGGGUCACUGAAGCCAUCUUUCGGACAUUUUGAAACUCUAGCAUUGUUUUUGCCUUUAUUGUAGCCUUUUAAUCUUCAUUUAUUGUAUAUUUAUCCUGCAGUUGUUUAAGAAUGUGAGAGUUUGUGGAAAGUGAAGGAUUUAAGCCAUUUUUAUGAAGUAUUGAAAUUCACUUGUUUCUUUUCUGUAUUUUUUCUGCUGUGUUAUUUUGUAUUCCCCAAUCUUAAUAACCUCAGACUUACCAGUCUAGAGAGACUACCGUGUAGUGACACAACAUUAAGUUUGGCGUACCGGCUUUCCACAUUGUAACAGACACUUUGGUUUUCUGACUAGAGUUAGUGUAAAUGCCAUGUACAAUAAUUAAUCUGUGUAAAAAUCAUGUAGGAUCUGUUUGUUUCAAUUUAACAGAAUCCCAAAGGACAUGUUCGAAAAUGGAUUUCUUGCUGUUUUGACAACCAAAGUAGCUUCACUUUUAGAUUCACUUUUACUUUUAGAAAUAAGAAUAUAUUUAGCCAAUUUUGAUCAUAUAAUUUGCAUGAUCAUUUAAUAUGUCGCGUAAGACUCUAAACUAUACUUAGCAAAUUUAAUUUACUAACUCAAGAUUGAAGUAAAAGUCUAUAUCCUUAACUAACAUGAUUGUGGAAAUGACAGGAUGUUGAUUGGAGUUUGUGAGGUUUUGAAAGAUGAAUUUUGUAUAUUAUACAAUAUAUAUAUUCACUGCAUAUCAA